CCCUAAAUAUUCUUGCCCUCAGUCCCAGCGCCAGGAGAAGGGAUGACGCGGCCCUCCCUAACCGCAGCUGCGUGACAGCCCUUCCUUAGCGGCUGUGACAGCUCUCGUUCCGCAAGAGUGACCUAGAAAGUUACAAGCGCACUCCAGGCGCAGUCUCCUCCAGCGGCCGCCCCACCCUUCCAGCAGGCAGGCCCAGAUAAAGGCGGGACGGCCAGAGUUCACGGAGCGUUCGGUGUGCGCCUCGCCCGGCGUUUGUCUUGAGAGACACGGGACUCGGUCCUCAAGCCCAGGAAGGCCUCCAGGUGCGCUAGCGUCGGUGCAAGGCUCGGGAACCUGUCCAGGCGCUCCUGUCGCGCUAGAACCGGUACCGGAGAGCCCCGCGCCGUCGCCCCGCCGCCAUGAGCGGCCCCCUGCGGCCGGGCCCGAGCAUCUGGCGGCGGGCGGCCUCCGUGGUGCUGGCAGCGGGCCGGCCGCUCCGGGGCCCCACCGACCCGUCGGCGCCCGCCGCGGGCUUCCGGCUGCUGCUUCUCCGGCGCUCUCCGAGCCAGAGCUUCCUGCCCCAAGCGCACGUCUUCCCGGGCGGCGUGCUGGACGCGGCCGACAGCUCGGCUGACUGGCGGCGUCUAUUCGAGCCGCACCAUGGGCCGCCGCGCUUCGGCCUGAGCCCAGCAUCGCCCCCGCGCGCCGCCUUCCCGGCUCCGCCAGGCGACGGGCCCGACGCCACCGGCAGCGACUCCGCGGCGCUCCCGGAUGACGUCGCCUUGCGCAUCUGUGCCAUCCGCGAGGCCUUCGAGGAGGCGGGCGUGCUGCUGCUGCGGGCCCGCGGCGCCCCGCCGCCCCCUGUCCCGGCGCCGGGGCAGGGGCCAGAGCCCUGCUGCGCCCUCGCGCCGCUGCCCGACCUGGACGCUUGGCGCGCCCGCGUCCGCAGCGACGCGCGCCACUUCCUGCAUCUGUGCGCGCACCUGGACUGCACGCCCGACAUCUGGGCGCUGCACGACUGGAGCGCCUGGCUGACGCCGUUCUGGAGGCCCGGCGGCAGUCGCUUCGACACCGCCUUCUUCUUGUGCUGCCUGCGCGAGCCGCCGGCCGCCUGCCCGGACAUGGCCGAGGUGGUGGACUGCCAGUGGUUAUCGCCGUCAGAAGCAACUGAAAGUUUCCUAUCAGAAGAAAUUUGGUUGGCACCGCCACAGUUCUAUGAAAUAAGAAGACUAGAAAAUUUUGCUUCUCUCUCAGACUUGCACAAAUUUUGUUUGGAUCAUGCAUCAGAAGGGAGGGAAAGAUGGCUGCCGAUCAUGUUAUUAACUACAGAUGGGACACUCCACCUUUUGCCAGGAGAUGAACUCUACUUGGAAGAUUCAGACCAUUUAGAAAAUAAUUUAUCCACUGAGAAAAAAAUUGAAGACAUCAUGAAGGAAGGCAAGAAAUUUCACCGAGUAGUGAUACACGAUCGCCAUCUCUACAGCGUCCAUGUGACCAUUCAGCCAAAGUGCAAACAUGUUUACCCAAAGACCUAUGUGGCCAGGAAGAGCCAGAUGUAGAGUGUGCCUUUGUUGGAAGAUGGCCUAUUUGAAGCACUCCCAAUGAAUGAGAGUUGACUAAAAAAAAAGCUGCUUGAAACUUAAGGAGAUUUGUGCCUGUGAAAGUUAUAGCACAUUCUUGUAUCAAAUGUAUUACUGAACUCUCUUGCUUAGUUUAUUCCUUAAACUUUGCAGUGUACCACAACUAUAAAGUAUUAACGACCUUGUUACCAAAA